AUGAAGCGGGAGAAACUUGACAAAUGUUUUGGGCGAUUCUUGGAGAUGCUCAAGAAACUUUACGUGAACAUUCCCUUCACAGAGGUACUCACUCAGAUGCCUGUUUAUGCAAAAUUCUUGAAGGAAAUCCUGUCUAGCAAGAGAAAAUUGGAGGAGACAACAUUGGUCAAGCUGAAUGCCCAUUGCAGUGCCAUAUUGCAAAACAAAAUUUCCCAAAAGUGUGGGGACCCAGGAAGCUUCACCGUACCAUGCUCGUUGGGGAAUGAGAGAUUCAACAAGGCCCUCUAUGACUCUUGUGCAUCUAUAAAUCUAAUGCCUCUGUUUGUAAUCAGGAAGAUGAAAGGCGAGCUUGGAGUGAUCAAAUCAAUACCAGUGUCCCUACAACUGGCUGACCAGACCACCAUUUUGCUUGGGGAAUCAUUGUAG